AUGUUUUUCUUUGCCUCUUUAGGUAAAAAUAUGAUGUUACAUUAUGAAGGUCAAAUCCCAACCUUUGCUCAAUUUACUCUAUCUCCCAGAAAAACAAAUAAAAAACAAAAAUGCAAAAAAAAGCGAAAGCUUUCGCUUUUUCUCGAGGUUGACUUUCUUUUCGCCUUCAAAAAAUACAAAACACGGACAUUACUGGCCCUAAAAAGUGCUCAACAUACUUACAUUAAUGUGUAUUAA